ACACACACACACACACACACACACACACACACAGACACACACACACACACGAGGCGGAGGCGGAGUCAGAGAGGGUCCGGGUCGCUCGCUGCUCCAGUCCAGUCCAGUGGAGUCGAGGUGUUCCCGGGGUUCUGCCUCCGCCUCGGACCCUCUCAUCGCGCCCUCCUCCUCCAGGAGGAUUCGUCAACCGGAGUGUGUGAAGCGACCGGAAGCGACAGCGGCUCUGUGAAGAAUGUGACCGUCAACAGUUUGGCUCAGAGUUCGUCCCGCCGCCGCCGGACGGACACGAUAGGAGAGGACGGGACGGGACAGGACGGGACGGGAGAGGACGGGACAGGACGGGAGAGGAGACGAUGGACUCCGCCGCUCGGAGGCUGUGGCUCGGGGCUCUGCUGUGGUGCUCGCUGCUGCUGGAGCUGGUGACGGGAGCUUCCUUCUAUGGCGACGGCUUUGUGCAGCUCAAGGCAACGGAGUCGUCCGACCAUAACACGCUACGCGUUCGCUUCCGAACCUCCAGCACCAAUGGCCUGCUGUUUCUCGCUGCCGGCCAGAGAGACCACUUCCUACUGGAGCUCCACGCAGGUCGCCUGCAGCUGACACUGGACCUCGAAUAUGGGGAGCAAGUGUUGCAGUCAGACCAAGGCACCCAGCUCAACGACCUGGCCUGGCACUCUGUGGAGGUCCGCCAUGUGCAGCGCAACGUCACUCUGACAGUCGACAAGAACUCUCACACGAGUGGAAAGAUGCCAGGUUCCCAUCAUCAUCUCCACAUCUUGGAUGGUCUCUACGUUGGUGGCUCCGGGGGCCUGGACAGACUUUAUAUCCCCAGAGACCCGAUUGGUUUCCGAGGUUGCAUGGAUGACGUAGUCUUCAACGAACACGACUUGUUAUCAUCACUGAGGCCAUAUACUGGAUUCAAAAAUGUCCAUGAGGUGUCUUUAGGCUGCAGUCCCCAAUUCUUUGCAACGGAGGAUGACCCCAUCAGUUUCUUUAGCUCCAGGGCUUACAUUUCUCUUCCAACCUGGAACGCCCAACAGGAAGCGGCAUUCGAGUGUGUCGUGCACACCUCAGCCAAAGAGGGAAUUGUGUUAUACAGUUCAGCCAGAGAGGGGUACUUUGUGGCUCUGGAGAUUCAGGAGGGUCUGCCAGUGGCCAUUGUUGGGAAAGCUGGAGCCAAAACGGAGCUUCGUUCCCUCACGUUCAUCAAUGACAGGAAGUGGCAUUCAAUCAAGUUGCAGUUCAGAUCCAAAAGCCUCGAGCUAACUGUUGAUGGAGAGAUGGUGAAAAGCAGCAUCAGCUCCCGUUCAAAAGGGCUUCAGCUCAAAGGUUAUCUUUUCGUUGGAGGUAUAGAUGACGGCGCCAGAUCAGAAGUCAGAAAGAUGGGGCUUGUCUCCGUUUCUGGAAAGCGUGUCAGAGGAGGUUCCUUCAAAGGAUGUUUAAAGAACAUUGAAGUCAAUGGCGUAAAGAUAGGUCUUUCUAGUGCCGUAGUCACCAAGGAUAUCUCUGUCGGCUGUGAGCCGGAGAAAGAACCAGAACCAUCAACCACGAUGAGUCCAACGAGUGCUCCUGGACCCUUUUUUCACUUGGUGACACCAACACCGUCAUUUCACAUGUCAACCCUCGCAAGGGGCUUGGACAGACGACAUGGCUCGAAUUUUUUGCAGCUUAAAAACCUUGUGGUGCAGGAAGGUGGCAGGGCGUCUCUUGAAGCCAAACACAUCAAGGUUCUCUUGGACUUCAAGAAGCUAGGCAUUCGACAGUCUCAGAUUGUGUUCCGAAUUCGGGAGCAACCUAUUCGGGGUCAGAUAAGGCUCGAUGUCGAUCAGGACCAAGAGGGGAACACGUUCAGCAUGUUGGACCUUUGGCACGGACGAGUGAUGUAUAUCCAUGGAGGCUCAGAAGAACCGGAUGACUUCUUCAUGUUUUCUGUUUAUUCUAGCAGCAGAAAGCAAGUUCCUGAUUAUCUGAAGGGCCACAAAUUGUACCCAUACAAUAUUACCGUGACACCCACUAACGAUGCGCCUGAACUGAGUCUCCCUGAAGGAAAUCUCUUUGUCCUGUUGGAAAACUCAAAGAAACGCCUCACCACGGACGUUCUGAAGGCCACAGACAUUGACAGCAGCCACACCGACCUGGUCUUCUCUGUACUUGGGAACAUGAACGCUGAUGCAGGGUAUUUGGAAAUUGAAAACAACCCUGGCAAAGCAGUGACCUCGUUCUCAUAUUUAGACCUGGAGGAACUGAGGGUUUAUUAUGUUCACACAGGGGUUAGAAACUCAAGGAUAGUUCUUAGAGUUGGCGACGGGGAAAAGGUCAGCAACACUGUAGUUCUGAGGGUCAUGGCCGUAGCGCUGGAGUAUAAGAUUGCCAACAACACAGGCCUUGAGAUAAUUCAAGGAGAGACGGCAAUUAUUGGUUCAAAGCAGCUGGCUGUGCAAACCAACGCUGUCAAACAAAUUGUUGACGUCCGGUAUGAUAUCAUUGAACCCCCUCAGUACGGAGAACUCCAGAGGCUUCACUCAAGCGGUGAAUGGAGGCCCACCGACUCAUUUUCCCAAAGGCUUCUAGAAAAAGAGCGCUUGAGGUAUGUUAGCACUUAUCAAGACAUCCAGACAUCAAACGCCACCGAUUACUUUAAGUGCAAAGUUAAUAUGGCUACAAAGGCAGCCACUGAGUUACUCUUCUCAAUAACUGUGAAGUGGGUGAAGUACCACCUGGCGAGGAAUAUUAUGAUUGACUUGGAUAAAGUUAGAAAAGUGACACUGGACUCUGAGCAUAUUUUUGCCACAGCCGAGGGCGUGGCCCUCUCAGAGGAGGACCUUUAUUUCCGGGUUCUCACCACACCGAAGAAAGGGAAACUCCUGCUCGACACCACAGUCUUGAAGAAGAACUCAACUUUUAGCCAAAAAGAUGUAACGGAUCUAAAAGUACACUACGAGCUAGUUGACAGGCCUUACGAAGAUACAAGUGACAGGUUCAAAUUUCAACUGGUUUCCAAACACGCUCAGUCUCAAAACUAUGAUUUCCAGUUUUCCAUAAAAGCCGAUGUCAACAGCGUGUUUAUGAGAAACGACGGACUCUUACUUCAGGAGGGAGAAAGUAAACUUAUCAAGAAAGAGGCUCUGUUUGCAGAGACUUUGAGCACAAAGGAGUUGUACUACACAGUCAUAAGCAGCCCCAGACAUGGAAAACUAGCCCGCAUUAGUCAGUCGAAUUCCAACGCUAGCUACAAUAACAUCUUAACCUUUAGUAACCAGGAUAUAAAAGAUGAACGGAUAAUGUAUAUUCACGAUGACAGCGAAUCCACUCAAGAUGAGUUCAGUUUCAUAGCCUCCACCAGCCAAGGGUUCAAAUCUCACAUCCCAGAGGAUGAAAUUGGCUCCAAAGAAGGAACGUUCAACAUAUCCAUUCAUCUAGUCAACGACCAAAAGCCAGUACGUGUCAUCGAUAAGGUUUUCAAUGUAGUGAGAGACGGACAACGGUUACUCACUUCAGAGGAUUUGCGGUAUCGCGAUGCAGACUCUGAUUACGAUGACGGUCUGUUGACUUACACCCGCCGUGGAAUCCCGAUGGGAGACCUGGUUCUGGUUAAUGACACUACUCAUCGGCUGUUCCAGUUUCGACAGAAGGAUCUGGAAGAGAAGCGAGUGUUGUUCAUCCACAAAGGUGUGAGCGCUGGAAGGUUUGUGCUAUUCGUCUCGGACGGAAAACAUUUUGUGUCCAGCCUUCUAGACAUCAGUGCCCAAGACCCUUUCCUGAAGGUUGGCAACAACACCGGCUUGCUGGUGCAGAAGGGCCAAUCGGUGACCUUCUCCACCAGCAACUUCAGCGUCAUCUCAAAUCUUGACAUCCGAGGUGACGAAGAGGUGACUUUCAACCUGGAUGAAGGCGCCAAGUAUGGAGGACUUUACCGCAACGAAACAAAGGUGGAGUCGUUCACACAGUCCGACUUAAAGGAUGGUCUGAUCUCCUAUCGGCACGAUGACAGCAAACACCUGGCAGACUAUUUCAACUUAACGGUGAAAGCUAAAGGUUUCCAGCUUGCGGCCAAGAUCAACGUGAAAGUUUACCUGGAAAGUCACCAGAGGCCGCCCAUCGUGUUGCAUCACAACACCUUACUGGUGGAAGAGGGGAAACCAGUGAAGAUCGACCAAACUAAGCUCGAGGUCACUCACGAGGACAACAUGCCAUCUGAGAUUGUAUUCACCGCCAGGGUAGCCCCCUCGUACGGCUUUCUCAGGCGUUUCGUCGAAGCGGAGAAUCGCUACGUCGGAACCAAACAUUCCCCUGUCAAGACAUUUAGCCAAGAGGACGUUAACAGUGGGAACAUCCAGUACGUGCAGGUAGAGCCCAACAAAGUCAACGACACCUUCAUCCUCGACGCCACCAACGGGGUCACGGACGUCGGCGACAUUCGGAUGUCCGUUGACAUCAUCCCACGCCUCAUCCCACUUCAGGUGUCAAAUAUAACGCUGAACGAGGGCGCCUCCAAGGCGCUGACGCAGGACGUGCUCAAAGUCACCAAUCGACACUUCUCCGGAAUCAACUUCCUGUACAGUUUGUCGGAGCCGCCGCAGCGCGGUCACGUUGAACACUCUCGACAUCCCGGCGUGUCAAUCACCUCUUUCACCAGGAGGCAGGUGGAGCAUGAAUUCAUUUACUACGUGCACGACGGCAGCGAAACCGUAUCCGACAACUUCACCGUGGUGGCCAACGACUCGGGGCUGAGGAAGCAGAGUGCGGCCCAGACGGUGUACAUCCAGGUUACAGCUGUCAACGACGAGCCUCCUGUUAUUACCGCCAACAGGGUCCUCAGGGUGUGGGUGUCCUCGGUGACGGAGAUCGGGCCCGAGGAUCUGAGGGCGCUGGACCGGGACACGCCCCCGGAGGAGCUUCACUUCAUGGUGACGCCACCGAGCAACGGACACCUGGCCCUGAAGAGCGCCCCCGCGAGGCCGGUGCUGAACUUCACGCAGACACACGUAGACCAGGGACAGCUGCUGUUUGUGCACAAGGGUGCCAUGUCUGGAGGAUUCAACUUCCAAGUCAACGACGGUGUGAACUUCACCCCCAGGCAGAUCUUCAGCAUCACCGCCAGAGCCCUACUCCUCAGUUUAGAGAAGAACCGUCCACUGAAGGUGUUUCCCGGCUCUUCUGCACUAAUCACGAACGAGGAUUUAGAAGCGGUGACCAAUGACGUCGGCAACACCUCCAGCCGCGUCAUCACUUUCAGUGUGAUUCGGCAUCCGAAACUGGGCCGACUGGUGACGAGGCAGCCGGAUAAUUCCACUGUAGACAUCUCCACUUUCACACAAGACAUGGUGGACAGGAAAGAGGUUGCAUACAUCCAAACCCCAAUUGAGUCAGUGGGCUGGGAAGCCAUGGACUCGAUGACCUUCUCCGUGGCAUCACCGCCUGUGUCUCUUGACAGCCAGACCUUCAGAAUAGACAUUUCCUAUGAGAAUACUGGACCUGAACACAACACAGUCCUGCUCGCGAACACAGGGGCUGAGGUAACAGAAGGAGACAGCGUCACCAUCGAUGAGUCUUAUCUGGACGCUACCAACCUGAUGUCCAAGCUGCCGACGCCUCAGAGGAGCUCCUUCGAGGUCUGGUUUCAGGUGACCUCUCUGCCUCAGCACGGCGUCAUCGUGGUGGGCGAGAGAAACCUCACCGGGGAGAAACCCAACUUCUCCCAGUUCAUCGUCAACAAGUACGGUAUCGCCUACAAGCACGACAACUCGGAGACAACCCGCGACUCCUUUGUCUUCAGCGCGUGGCUAAAUCCCAAGGGCAAAACGGCGCAGCGCCCCGAAGAUGACCCUGAUGUUGUUGAGGAGCGCUUCAACAUCACGGUCACGCCUGUGAACGAUCAGCCACCUUUGCUGAAAACCAAAGCGCCGAGUCUGGUGGUGGUACAAGGAGAUGCGGCAGCCCUCGGGCCGGAGAAUCUCAGAGUCGAAGACUUGGACAAUCCUCCUGAUGACAUUAAGUUUUCUGUGAUUAGCAAGCCAAACAACGGUUACCUAGCUCUCAGGGGAAGUUUGAAUGAGUCCAUCGUGGCCUUCACCCAAGCCCAGAUCAAUAACAGAAGCGUCUUUUUCGUCCACGAUGGGAGCUCCGUCUCGGGGGUGUUCUACUUCAGUGUCACAGAUGGGCAUCAUAAACCGAUAUAUAAACUCUUUAACCUGGAAGUGACAGAAAUCACCAUUUCUCUGGUCAACGACACUGGAUUGACACUGGAGCAGGGCGAGUCUUCGGUGUCCCUGACCCGGGACAACCUCGCUGCAGUUACCAAUGGGAAAAACAUCACCAUUCACUACCUGAUAACAAGGCCCCCGAACGUUGGCAAACUCCUGAAGGACAGCCGAGAGGUUACACAGUUUGAACAGGACGAUCUAGCGGCUGGACGGUUGUCCUACCACAUGGUCUCUCUCUCCUCUACAGAAGACAGCUUUGAGUUCACCGCCUUCACUUCAGAAGCCAAUCUGACCGGCCGAGUGCUCAACAUAAGUGUCAGGCCCCUGAUCCGGGUCGGCAAGGGUUUGAGGAUUCCAAGUGGAAUUGCUGUCAAACUCAGCACCAGUUUUCUGGACGCUUCUGAACUGGCUAAUAUCAGUAACAGUGACCCUGUCUUCCAAAUUAUCUCCCAUCCUAAGUACGGCAAAGUGGUUCGAACAAAACCCAAAAUGUCCAAGAAAGCCGCACAAGCUGAGUCCUUCACCUUUCAGGAAGUGAUGCAGCAGGAGGUAGCCUUGGAGCUGCACGCCAACAUGACCGGAGUUCAAGAGCUGAACGACUCACUGGUGUUUCUGCUGAAAGCUGAUAACGUCCAACCUGCUAAAGGGGAGUUCCACUUUACAGUGGUGCCGUAUGAUCCAGCACUUUUUCCAACCACAAAAACUCCCGUCCCGACCACAUCAUCUGUUCCUCAGACACCGAUCCAGACUUCAAGAAAUGGAACCGCUUCACCGGUCCCGUCUACAGCUUUCCUCUCCACCCAGCGGCCGAGCAAAAACCAGCAGACGUUCAAGGGACGCAACCGCUGGGGGAACUCGAACAGAACGAGCAUUUUCGGUACAACUCUUGGCAAAACGACACGCGCAACAGAGGAUUUCCCCUUCAGGAACACUCCCGUUCGCGUCGAGUCCUACCCACAGAAAACCUCCAAUCCGCUCCUGGUGAUCUUACCGCUGCUGGCCCUGCUGCUGCUUGUAGUCAUCUUUGUGGUCCUCGUGCUCUUUCUUCGACAUCACAGGCGAAGGAAGCAGAACACGGCGGCGGCGAAAGAGCCACCUUCCUCUGGGCUCCCGGGCAGCGAGUCCUACCAAGGUCAAGCCCAGAGGAGCACAACAGUUCCCACGGUGACUGUCACGCCGUUGAACCCCAACUGCCCGGGCAGCCCCGCUCUGGAACGACUACUGGUGUCAAAUCACGGCUCAGGUUACAGCACCAUUGAUUCGAACAUGUUCGUGAGUUCUUGGAGCAACGUUUCCCCUGCGGCCUCUUCCCAAGUGAUUAGAACCGCCACUCCGACUCUUCAGAAGAAUCAGUACUGGGUAUGAUGAAAUUCCACAAACCAACUUCUGGCUAUAUAUUUUCGAGAAUACCGUUACAGUUUUUUUUUUAUAACAGAUUGAAAUGUGGUUGUGUAUUUAAAGGGGCAGCAGGCGAUUCUAAGGCAAAGCACGUUUUGUAAGAAUCUGCGAAUAUUUCUUCACUGACGCUUAUUUGUGUGCGGCAUGAAAAAAUCUGGGUGUUUCGGCCCAGCCUCCAUAAAUCGACAACCCAAAAAUGGUGCGGACCGCACCACACAACACUCCGAGCGCAGUUUGUAAAAAUCACUCGUCGACACCUUAAGUGCUGGCGGGUGGCGCUGCAACUCGAGGCUUUGGCCUAGUGGUCAGUGCGUCGGACUCGCGGCCUGGCCGGACCAGUAAAUUCUACAAGGAGAGAAACAAGCUUUCUCCAGAAUUCCUUACUGCCCCUUUAAAUGAGGCUCUGAUGAAUUGUUACCUGUUGCAGGCUCUUAACUUCAAGCUGCAUCAAUCAAUAUUUUUUGUAUUAAUACUGCAUCGAACUCAUACGGUUUAACUCUUGGUCGCAAACUCAUAAUUAGCACCCAACUCAAAGUUACCACCAAGCUAAGGAAGAAAGUCAAAACAUGUAUUUGAGUUGGUGGAGGCUAAACCAGAGCAAAAAGUUCACCAUAUGGUCAGAAACAAAGCUCGCAUUGGAUAAUAAUGAUACUCAUUUAUUAUUUAACGAUAUAAGCAACAACUUUUUAAACUACAAUGUGUGUCUGUUCCCUUCUUUUUGAAUUAUUCUGCCCCCAGUGGCCAAAAAUUGAUUUAUGCUUUAAGCUUUUAAGAUAGAUAACGGGGAAAACCACUUUGGCCAAAAUCCUUUGCAAUACAUUAAUCAGAGUUGGGAUUUGCUUUGAGUUCUCUCUGCGUUGCACAAUCCGAUACCAGCCACUGCUGUUUGUUCAGCUGGUCGGACAGACUUUGGCCAGUUGAGCAUUUGCAAAGCAGUCGUCAACGUGGUAAAUUAUGUUCGGUGCUUAAUUUAAUCACUCACGUCGUAGUCCGGUCCUCAUACACGUUGAAGUCCCUCCCGUUAUGGGUCGUGGUCAUCCGAGCGGCAGCUGACGCCAACAGCUCGAAACUGUGAAUAUUUGUCGACUGACACUGGUACAAAAGAAACUGUCUAAGCAUCUCAAUCGAUUGUGCAGAUUUUAUAUUGCCGUUAUGUAUUAUAGAUAAUUAUAGUAUAGCGACUUUUCGUAAACUCAGGUAUUUUGUUAACAGUCAUUUACUUCAUGUCACCUUUUAAUCAAGGGUUGCAUGUAUCGUCGAUAACAGGUCUCUUCGUUUUAACCGAAUAGAAAAUUAUGAAAUUGACCGUUUUGUCACAGAUGCUUUUCACCGUGGUUGUGUAUUGAAAUGAUUUUGUACCACUGUAAAAACUCUUUUUUUUUUUCUUCACAGCCCUAGUCAAAUCACUGGUUGAAACUAUUAAUCAUAUAUAUAUAUAUAUAUUUAUAUAAUUUUACUAUGCAGUAUUUUCAUAUUCCCAAUAAUGGAAUAUCAAGGCACUAAAAUGGCAAGAAUCUACUCUAUGUUCUACCCCCCCUCACCUCAGAGAAAAUUCUAGCAAUAGGUUUAUUCUGUAAUCUAUUAACAUGUCCUCCUGUUGAACUUCACACAAUGGGUGAGCUACUCACUCUAAAACAAUCUUGGGAAGAAUGACUUUCUUGAGGCGAGGCGCCGAAUAUCUGUCAACAGAACAAUUUGACAGUGUCUUGUGUAAAAACUGAGAAUUUCUUUGAAUUAAACCAGCGUCCGUAUUUGUAUUUAUUUUCUAACAUCGAGAAUCCGGUUCAACUUGUGUCUAGUGUAUGCAUUGGUUGUUUGACGCUAAUUAUUGAUCUACUGUAAAUGAAAGGUACUGUUCUCUUCUGCUGUGGGAGAGGAGAAAUUGCUGUAACAUGAAACCACUGUAAACGUGUGUGUUAUUGAAUCAUUUUGUGCUGAAGAGAAGUGUGUAUCCAGUGUAUCCUAGUCUGAUAUGAACGAUGUAGCCUUCUAUGUAACACAAGUGUCAUUUUUAUUUAUACCAUGUUUUUAAUAAACCACUUAAAAAAUGU